AAAUUACAAUUGAGCAGAAAACAAACACCAACUGAGUGGAAAACGUGGUUACAAUUUCAAAUCCAUUUAUCAUCACUUUUCAACAACUAAGGUCCCUUGAAGCUGUCCUCAGACAACCAUCAACCAUCAUCACCUCUGGAUGUUCUACCACCACCAGACCUGCAGUAAUUCAACUGAGUGAUUUGACAGGAGUUUAUCAUUGAUGCUGUUGUGGGAAAUGACAUGGGGAAAUGACUUAGCCUCUCCCUCUCCAGCACACAACUAAGAUCUGCAGCUUCUGGUGAACCGUCUAAGAGGAAGACAAUUAACAAAGUCAGAUAUGGCAACUGCUGGAAACAGACGUAGCAAGGACAUUGGCCAUGAUAUGGGACUAAAGUCUUCCUCUGCUCUGAAAAGCCCAACUCCAAGCACGGAAACGAGUACUCAGUCAGACAUUCAUGAUACGGAUUCAAGUGAUGACAGUAUGGAUUCACCACCUUCUAUGUCUUCAUCUGAUGCUCGAAUCAACCUCAGGUCACUCCAUCAGAACAUCAGCUCAUACAACAGACUCCUUGAUGAGACUAAAAAUGAUCUGAAAACAUUGGCAGAUGAAUUUACAAUGACAGCUGAAAAGAUCGAAUCGGAGAAAAAUAAAAGAGGGUCUCCUUACAAGAGCAAGGAGGCUGUUGGAGCAUAUGUGGCUGGGGGAGUGUGCGCCACAGUGGGUUUACUUUUAGUCCCCUUGACAGGGAUUGCCUCUAUUGCCGGUGCAGGGGCGGGCAUCACGUUGACUAUUUUGACUGCUGUUAUUCUUUACUUUAGAAUAAUUAUUAAUGACGUCACAAACCAAGAGACCUUGGCGGAUUAUGAGAAAAAGUUUUUGGUCAAGAGUGGACCAAUUGUGGAUCGUCUGCAUCGUAUCGAUGCAGAAAUCAAAGAAUUUGUUACAGUGUCUUCCAUGUCCCGAGCUGGAGAUGAGCCACAUCAGCUUAAGAGAGCAUCUGAACUGAGUGCUAGAAUUCUUAGUGACGCAGUAGACUUGAAAAGGGAGUUAUCUGUCUUCUCAGGUAUUGUUAGUGAUAUCUUUGGGGAUGUCAGAAAGAUCGGCAGUGGCCGUGAUAUUGGUUCAGAGUUUAUGACAAGUAUCAAGAAAUCAUCUGAAUUGUGUCAGGAGACUAUAAGCAAAUUUGAAAAGAUGAGAGAAGAACUUGAAAAAAUGUCUGAUUUAAAUUAGGAACAAAAUACAAAUGAAUAAUUUGUUGAAAUAAACCAAUUAGUUGCAAUAAAUCAUUAUCAUUACCUGGCAUGAUCUUGGGCAUCAUCCAGAUCGGUGAGAACAGCAAUAAUGAGAGAGUAGGGAUUCAGCUAGGCUCAGUCAGAAAACUAUAGAUGACUAGAACAACUACAAGAGAAAAAACAAUGUCAGAAAUUGAAGCAAAUUCUGAAAUUGAGUUAGAUUUUGUUUACUCAGCUUAUCAGCCCUCCAUCAUGCAGUGUAUUAUGUUACCCUAAGGAUAGUGUAAAUAAUUCAGCAUAUUAAUGUUUUAAAAAAUCUAUUUUGUAAAAUGUACUGUACGUGAUGUUAUAUGAGUGACACAUUUCAAGGUAACUUUUAAUUUGACAUUUUUGUUAAAUGUAUUGAAGUGUAUCAAAAUGUACAGUCAGCUUGAACUAACUUUUGUAAAAUAUACAUGACGCUUGAGUGACAAGUGAACUUUUAAAUGAAUUUAUUUUGACAAAAUACAGUGCCUUGCGAAAGUA